ACCGACGCUGUCAGGUGCGCGCCACUCGAUACUCGAUUUGCAACGCACACGCGCCAGCGUAUUAAAAUAAAAAAAUAAUAAUAAUAAUAAUAACGAUAUAUACAGUACGUCGUUGGUUUAAAAAAAUUAUAUAUAUUUAUAUUAUUCGCAGUCGGAAAUUACGUUAUAAGACAUAUUAUCGCUGUCGUGAUAAAUACAUAUCGUAACUAUCGUCAUCAAAUACUGUCACCGGUGCCGUUUUCGAUAGUGUCGCGUUUUCGCAUGUCUUAUAAAAGCGCCGAUAAACAGUCGUUUUCGUAAAAUAAUAUUAAUACUCUAUUCGCCGUUAUCGUGCGCGCCAUGGGACGAUUUUCGGCAGUGAACACCGCACUCAUCUGUUGCAGAAAUCGGUACAUUUAAACGAGUCGACAAACUUUACAUAGCGUGUACAUGAACAUGGACAUUGGAGUGUUGAAAAAAUUGACCAGAUCCGGUUUUAUAUUACUUCAUAUUACCGUGUUGCUGAUCGUAAACGGGCAGGCGAAGAACGCUGGUACGAGAUGGGCGAACGCCGAGCUGGAAGCGGCCGACGAGGCAUCGGACGUACAGAUCUACAAAUCCGUUGUGCAGUCAAUGGAAGAAUGGAAACAGCGGAAGAACUCGUCGAAAAGACAAAAAAGAGCAGAAACUAAUGCCUGCUAUCCGGAAGUAGGUUGCUUCGACACUUCCGGCCCUUAUGGUUACAUCGGAAUGGUACCAAAUCGUCCAGACGAGGUUAACACGAGAUUUUUAUUAUAUAGCUCGAGGAGAAGCCGACGGGACACACCGCUAUUAGACGUGGCGUUUACAAAUAUGACAUCCAUAUGGCAUUGGGCUGGCAAAGCUUUCAACGUAUCUGCGCCCACUAAAGUCAUAGUGCACGGAUUUGGGAGCUCCUGUUCCAACGUGUGGGUAUACGAAAUGAGAUCGGCGUUAAUGGAUGUGGUCGAUUGUAACGUCAUCUGCGUAGACUGGGAAGCCGGGGCAAUCAUACCCAACUACGUUCGAGCCGCGGCCAAUACCCGGCUGGUCGGCAAACAGGUGGCCAUGCUGAUCGCCGGUCUGGCGUCCAAAGCGAACCUUCCAGUGGAAAACGUGCACCUAAUUGGUUUUAGCCUGGGUGCACAUGCGGCUGGUUAUGCCGGUGCCGAACUGAAGAAUCUGAGUAGGAUCACAGGCCUGGAUCCUGCCGGACCGCUGUUCGAAAACCAGGACCCCAAGACCCGACUGGACUCGACAGAUGCCAAGUUUGUAGACGUGAUCCACUCCAAUGGCGAGAACCUCAUACUAGGAGGCUUGGGAGCUUGGCAGCCCAUGGGCCACGUGGACUACUAUCCGAACGGCGGCCGCAUGCAGAAAGGCUGCUCCAACUUGUUCGUGGGUGCCGUCACCGACAUAAUUUGGUCUGCGCCUGAAGUAUACGGCAGAAGCCUGUGCAAUCACCGAAGGGCGUAUAAGUUCUUCACAGAUAGCGUUUCGCCCAGCUGCGCGUUCCCGGCCGUACCUUGCGAAUCGUAUGAGAAGUUUUUGGAAGGUGAAUGCUUCCCGUGCAAAGAUAAAUCCAAGUGCGGCAAUAUGGGAUACCAUUCGGACAAGUCUCCGGGUCGCGGGAAAAUGUAUCUGCUGACCAGGGAUGAGGAACCAUUUUGUGCACACCAAUACAUAGUCAAAAUCUACAACUCUCCUAGUGCGUUGCCUGUGGUCAGCUAUGGAAAAAUACAAAUCGUUCUCUUUGGUCAACUUGAUAUAAACGAAACAUUUACCAUCACGAACAAAGACGAUGCAGCGCUGUCGGUGGGUGAAACGAUGAAAAAGAUCAUCGUGCCACAUCCCGCGCUACAGGGCUUUAGUCGAGUUCAAAUCACGUACACCGCCUACAAAGGAUGGCUGUCAAAUGGGCUUUCCAAAUGGAGCAUUGAUAAGUUCAUACUUACCGACAGUUACGGCAAUAGCCAAUCCGUUUGCCAGAGGGGCCUGGUUAUGCAGUCGGAAGUGCCCGUCGUGUUGCCUCUAUAUCCGGGCGAUUGCAACCUACCUGAACUGAUGCUACAGAUUAACGGCGGCGACAUCAGCGACAAGACGGACUUGAUACACGGCGGCCAAUCGGAAGAGUACGGCCAACAGCACAUCAACGACACGUCCACCAUGCACCUGUCAGUUGGCGGCACCGGAGGCGACAUAGACCUGACUGCUCCCGGUGACCUGGCCGCCGCCGCGGCCGGAUCAGCCGGGCUGAGCGCCACGCUGGGCGUAGGCAUCAAGGAGUACAUGAACGUGCCAUGGAUGCCAUUGGUGGACAUCGAGGCGGGACCGGCCGGUAACAGCCUGGACCCGUCGUCGGACAGGCGUGAACAGUCGGGCCGCGGGUUCUCGGCCACCGGGACCGCAGGUGGCCGGGCGGGAAACAAGACGACCACCGACAGCGGCGACGCCGUUGGCGGUGCACCGACAGUUCGUCCCGCCGCAGAAUCGGAAGAUCAGUUCCCGUACGACGAGGCGGUGCAGGCGACCGGCGGCAGAGUGGGCGCCGGAAACGAAACGGCCGGAGAGAUCCGCGAACCCGUGCUGCGGCCAAAGAGCCGGUUCCGCAUGUACCGGAUGCCAGACGGUAGCUCAGCCGCCGCCAUUGCCAGUGGUGCCGGUAACGGAACGUCGUCAUCGUUACCGACGCACCAAAACGGUAACGCGUCGUCCUCGGCCACGGCCGAACGGUCGUUCAUCGUCCACCUGUUGCCGCAAAGACUGAUGAACAUGAUAGAACAAGCCGAGAGGUACGCCCGGAUGGCGUUCUCGCCGUUCAUGUGGCCGACUAAAGAACGUGCGCAACGGGCGCUCAAGCAAUUCCCAAGGUUUUUGUUCAACGAUAACAAAACGUCCGAACAAGUUGUCAACGUUCAACACGAUGAAAGCCCCAAAAGGUACAUUCCGCUGACGUUCGGAAGCGAUCGUCUAGACGAGCAAACGCAACAGUCAGGUGGACGAGCGAUGCUAAUAGAAGCAAGAAUUGUGCCGGCAAUGACCGAUGACAGCCCGAUCGUCGAAGAAGACUUAGACUUAUCCAAAGAAGACAUUAGAUAAAAUCCCGCUAAAAUUUAGUCCAUAGUUUAAAAUAGUUAUAAUUUUUCAUGUACUAUGUGUGUGCGUAUGAUAAGUAGUAUAACGAUAUGCACGCCAAAACAAGUAUUAAUUUGUGUAUACAAACGUAUACAUAAUAUUGCAUUAAACGUGUGUGCUUAUUUAUUUAUCAUGUAUGAUGUAAAUAUUAGCUUAGAGAUUCCGAUUUCGUCUAAAAGCUCAACUAUAUUGUGGAAUAAAACAAAAAUACGUAACGAAUCGUAUAAUUUUAGUUCCUAAAAAUUGUUGAAAAUUCAAAAUUCAAAAAAUUAAAUCAUAGAGUGUCCAUUUAUAAUUUUUUUAUUGUACCUACUGUAAAUACCAUGUGUGCGAAUCAAUAUUUCAGUAGUACCUACUCACUCAUUGACGGCUAUAAUAUUAUAAUGUAAAGGUUACAAUUGUUUGUAUAUAAUAUUAUAAGCCUUACGGGUUCACAUCGAAAUCGAUAACCCUAAUGAAAUAUUUAUUUAUAUCAUUUAGUUAUUAAUUAUUUAUAUUUUAAGAAAUUUAAAUUAUAAUGAGAAUUUUCGACGAUUACUUUGUAUGGUAAACUAUUUUCCAAACACAGUU